AACUUGUAAGCCCAGCAGUAGUCUCAGCUCCUCUGCUCUCUUUGAUUAAUUGCAUGCUAUAGCUCUAGCUAGUGCUUCUCUCCUACCAAAUGGCGUUACGCUUUCUUCUUGUUUUGGUAGUUUUGCUCUUCUGCGUAGCCCAGGUUUCAUCUGAUGCCAAGAUUGAAGAGCAGCAAACCCAGGUGGUGAAAGGAGCUAAUAGAAGGCUUUUGCCUUUCGUGGACUGUGGAGGGUUGUGCAAGGUGAGGUGCAGGUUACACUCGAGGCCAAACGUGUGCACCAGAGCUUGUGGCACUUGCUGUGCAAGGUGCAAGUGUGUUCCACCGGGGACCUCAGGGAACAGAGAAAUGUGUGGGAGGUGCUAUACCGAUAUGACCACUCAUCGCAACAAGCCCAAGUGCCCUUAGGCCCCCAUUACUACUAAACAGAGCCGAGUCUCUUUCUGUGAAAUGCAUAUAUAUUGCCAGGCUUUCUUUUUGUAU